UAGAAGUUCUCUCUUUUAACAGUGAGAUUUAGUGGCUUUUUCAACCGAAGGAACUGUAGCCGCAGCGCGUGAUAAAGCUACUAUAUAUACCCUUAUCACAGGAUUAGUGGGAAGGUUGACAGCUCGAGUUUACUCGACGAAAAAUGUAUCUGGUUCCUCGACAAUCUGAGAGGAUGACAAUCUGACCGGCGGCUCACUAGGAAAUUGCGGAUGCAGGGAUUCAGAAUCAAGAAACCUCACUUAUACAACUAUGAAUCUGAGAAGACGCAAGUGUUCAUGCUGAGGAAGAUUCUAUCGGAGAAAUUUGUCUCCACUCAGAGCAUUUAUCUCGAUGGUCAGAUAGCAGGAAACUUAAAGAGUGGUGCUUCAAGUAUUAUUGUUCUUCUUCACACUGACUCCCGUCACCUGGAAGCCUGGAUAAAUAACGACAAGAAGCGGAACAGACGGCGCUCCGUGAUCGUGUGGGUGGUGUUCCUCGCGCCGCACCAGAGGGUCGGGGAGGUGUUCCGAAGAGCCCACGUGACGGUGGACAUGCUGUGCCUGGUCGUGUCGGCGCGCGGCGGGACGGCUCACCUCGCCGACGUGUACAGGCUGUCCCGGCGCGCGGCUAUGGUCGUGACCCCGCUCGGCGCGUGGAGCAGGUCCCAGCACCACAGCCGGUGGCCGAGCGGCCGAGAGAUCCACGCCAGGAGGAGAGACCUGCAGGGCGUGCGCAUCCGGACCACCGUGCUGCCCUCUGAAAUUUUGUCUGUAACAGUGGAACCAAGAAACGACGAUUUCUUUUAUUCCCUAUGGAAAACGUUAGAAGACAAGCUGAACUUCAGCGUGGAGUACGUGCGCGCGGACGACCUCGCCUUCGGCUACGUGGACUCGCGGGGCCGGUGGCGGGGCAUGGUGGGCAUGGUGGCCCGGGGCGAUGCCAGCGUGGCCCUGGCGCUCGUCGAGGUCACCGCGGAGAGGGCGGCCGUGGUGGACUUCUCGCGCCCGCUCGUCACCACCAAGUACGGGAUCGUGCUGAGGACCCAGGCCGGGGAGCGCACCCGCAGUCACGUGACGACGCCGUUCAGCCCGGCGCUGUGGCGCGUGGUGCUGGCCUCCAUCCCGGCCUGCGCCCUGCUGCUGGCGGCGCUGCGCCUGGUGGACCGCCGGCUGUCCGGGGGGCGCCGUGCGGGGCUGCUGGGGUCCCUGUUCCGCGUCGUCGCCAUCUACUGCGGCCAGGCGCCCCCGAGCGCCCCGCGCUCCGCCGCCUGCAGGCUCGCCCUCUGGUGCGUGCUCGCCGUACCCGUGGUGCUGGCCGCCGGCUACUCGGCCAGGGCCAUCUCGCGCGGCUCCGUCGCGCAGCUGCAGGUGCCGUUCCGCUCGCUGCGCGCCAUGGUGGAGGACGGCUCCUUCACGCUGGGCAUCCCCGCCGGCUCCGUCAACCUCGAGCGCAUCAAGACAGGGUUCAAGAGCCUGGAGCGGCAUGGCGACCGCAUCCUCGCUCCCUUCCUCGGGGACCCAGGCUGGCUAAGGCGCCCUGGUAGCCCGCAACACAUCACCUUCGGCCAACUUAUUUCAAAUAUCCAUACCUCCAAAUUCUCAGUGAUGUCUAAAGUGUGACAGUUAGAUUACUACUUUGAAGAGACUGGAACAACCGGAACUACAUAUUACUUACGGGACUUUUAUAAC